CACUCUCUCCUUCAUAUCUUUCUUUCCUUUUCCUUUAACCACCCUACUUCUUUUCUCUUUCUAUGGUGCUUCUUCACACACUAAUGCACAUGAGAUCCCCCACCAUAGACCACCACCACCACCUCCACCACCCUUUUAACUUUAUACGCGUACAACCCUAACUUUACUUCCCUCCAUAUUCCCUCCCUCUAGCUAUCCAUUCCUAAGAGUGAAAGAGAGUGAAAGAGAAGAAGGAUGGGUAACUGUGUGUUCACUGGUUUAGAAGAAGUUGAUGGAUUGAUGAUAAAGGUGGUGACCUUCAAUGGAGGAGUAAUGGAGCUACACCCUCCAGUGAUAGCAGAGUGCAUCACCAAUGGUUUCCCAGGUCAUGCAAUCUAUCACAGCCAAGACCUCUUCUCCAAACCACUCAUGCAUAAUGAAGAGCUGUCUCCUGGAGAACAGUACUUUCUUAGGCCAUUAACCAUCCCUCAUGGAGGUCUUCCAUCAAUGGUGGCACCUUAUAGAGUGUCAUCUUCUUCAGACCACCAUGGAGUUUGGAACUAUGGAGGUUAUGAAGAUGGUGCUAGUGCUUGGAGAGUUAAGUUGGUUAUAAGUCCUGCUAAGUUGAGUGAGAUAUUGGCUCAGGAUUCAAGGACUGAGGCACUUAUAGAGAGCAUGAGGACUGUGGCUAAGUGUGGCCAUGGUCUUACUCCGGCUACCUCGUCGGCGGCGAGCUCCGAUCAGUGGAGCUUGGCUAGUAGCCGGAAAGGAUCAUAACUGGCUUGUAUAGUGUUAGGACAGUGAUUAUUAUUAUCACUGCUGUUAGUGAUUCACUUAGGAUUUUCAGGCUUUUGCUUCUCUUUUUUAUUGCAAGGAGUGAUGCUUUUGUGUGAAUUAUAUAUUAUUAUUGAGUGUUUGUGUGGUUGUCCUUGUUGUUCUCUAACCUUUUGGUUGCU